AAAGAAGAGAGAUGAGCAGAAAACUAACGCUUUACUAUGUUUAAGUUAUGCAAUAAUUGAUGCAUUACGAUUUUAUUGUAAAUAAAGAGGAUUGGAAAUGCGAUUUUUUGAUUGGAAGAGAGCGAAUAAAGUUGCCUAAGUAGCGUGGGCGUGUGUACAGGUGGGUGGGACCAGAGCGAUCCGCCAAUGAACGAUUGCAUUUGCGCUGUUCUUCCGGUUCUUGGAUAUAUCAGGAAUUAAAUUAUGGACAGGGAUAAUAAUUGGGAACCCUCCUAUAGUGAGAGAGAGAGAUAAAGUUAAGUGGGUGGCAACGGCCCAAAACACGGAAUUAGACCCGGGGUUGGAUCCAUUAGGGAACAACAGGAGAUGGAGAAUGAUGGAGGAGAAUCGUUCGGGAAUAGAACGGGAUCCGGGCAGCAGGAGGAGACGGAGAGAGAUGAAUUUAUAUUUGAAUAGGAGCGAGAGUGAGGGAGAGAGAGAGACAGACGGAGGGAGCAGGAGGAGGAUGAUUGGAAGAGUGGCAAAGUGUUCUUUAAAUAGUGCGCUCGCUUCCGGCCGCGCGUCGCAUCGUCGCGGCUCUCUCAAAUCGGCGCCGAAGACGCUUCACUCAUUAGUGGUUUCAGUGAGUGUCGCUGACACUCACCCAAAAAAUCCACCCACAAAAUAGAGAAAAAAAGGAAGUAGAAGUAGAAGAAGAGCAGGAGUAGUGUGAAGAAGUAGCAGUAGAAGCAGCAAUAAAGUGCGCGCACGAAGAACGGAAGAGAUCGGUCGGAAGAGGAACGCGCGCGCUCUCCGGAAGAAAAAAGAAGAGGAAGGAAGGAAAGAGGAGACUAAGAUUUUUUGUUAGUUUUUGAACUUCCUGUGCGUGUGCAAGGAUUGUGCCCGAAAGGAUUAGGCUGCUGCGAACGGAAGACGCGAAGAAGGCUACCAUCGAGAGGAGACGGAAGGGCUUAGCACCUUUGGGCUUGAAAUGAGCGGAUACCGAAGCAGCUACGUGCCUUGGAAUAAAAACAGUGCGAGCUACUCAUCUUCGUCGUCGUCUUCUGCGAAGAAGGAAUCACCGAGCAUCGGCGGACAAUCAUCAUCAGCAUCGACGACGACGAGCAAAUAUGAAUCUCCAUACGCGAAAUCGUCGCGGACCGAUGCCAAGAAGAGCGAGGAUAAAAGCCCAGCAACGAGCACAAAGUACUCUACCUACGGCAGCUACCAGAGAGAACCGUCCUCGAGUUCAAGAGCCGAGCUGACGUCGAGGAUCAGAUCUCCUGUGGAAAAGAAGGAAAGCCAUCCGCCUGUUACGUACAGACCGUUAAUCAGAGGCAGCACAGUGGAGAGGAGUAGAUCGAGGGAUCCUAGUCCAGAUAAGACUGAGUCUCCUUACAACUUUAACAGAUUGUAUCCGAGGCCAUCAUCGUACACGACGAGAUCGGUGAGUAGAGAGCGCACCGAUUCAACGAGUUCUUCGACGACGACGAUACCCAAGUACACGGGAAGGACGUCCCUGACGAAAGAGGAUUACAAGUAUCCGACGUCGAGGAAUUCGUCGCGGGAGGAUUUGUCGUUGGCCAAGUACAAGCCGCCCGAAACUAAGGAAGAUCUUUUGACAGCGCGCUUUGGUAAACCGAAAGAGGAUUACGGCAAGUUUAAGUUGAAGGAGGACCUGCUGAGGUACAAGCCCAAAGAGGAGGCCGCGUCCAGGUACAAAACGAAGGAGGAGACUGCGUCCAGGUUUAAGCCGAAAGCUGCAACUUCUCGAGAGGAUUUGACGAAGACGACGACGACCACACCGACGCAAAAGUACAUCACGAGUCGCUUCCUGCCGAAGAACACGAUCGAGAAGAGCCACACAGCGUACAUCAGACCAUCGACCACACGCACCAGGGAGGUGAGUUUGAAGAACAGGGAGUUGCUGAACGUGCUGAGCGCGCAGCAGGAUGAUAGGACUAGUCGGCCAGUUAGUAGGGCUUCAUCGAUUGCACCUGAAGACUUUCCUAAAAUCGAGCCGAAAAAAAAAACUCCGGAUGAAGUCCAAGACUACGAAACGGUCACCGUCAUCUCGAGAAGCACAUCGCCGAAUCCGCCGAGCGCUCAAACCUCGUAUCUGCGUUCGCGUCGCGUCGAGAUGGCCAGAUUGAUGGAGAAACAAAUCAAGCGUCCGGUGAAACGCAAGGAAACUUCUGACAAAGAAGUCCAAUCGGAUCGUCUCGACGAUUCCACGAAAAGCUCAAGAUUCGCAGGAGCGAGCAGGAUAACUCCAACGCCGUGGGCAUCGUACCUCGACUUGAAAUACUCACCAGGUGAUGCGAAACCCAAAGAAUCCGAAUCCAGUCAAAGCGAGGGAAGCGACAAGAAAAGUAUUUCGAGGAACAGCUCGGCGAAAAGCCUGAGUCGUUCCUCAUCCAAAUCCGAUUUACGCACCAAAGAACUUAAAAGUCGCUCGAAUUCAUCGCACUCCUUGAAAUCCAAAGCUUCACCACCAAAGAAACUGCCGCCCCAAAUACCCAAACCCGAGAGCAAAAUACCGACGAACAAGGAUUUCCGCAAAUCCGUUUUGAACAUGAACCCUGAAGGUAAACUGAAGAAGUUAACGAAACGCAGCAACAGUUGUAGCUCCGCCGAAUCCGAGUCUUCCAUAUGCGGCGGUAAUUCAGAAGCUACGGAAGUCUCCGAGAACCUCUCCAGUUGCAUAUCGUAUCAUCCGCAAAAGCUGCAGAGGAGUAUCGAAGUUGAGCAACGCGAUCGAAGAUCUCCUAGUUGCACUUCGGAAAGUUCUUCCAGUUCUAGUAGUAGCGUUGAAGAUGAAGUUGCUGUGAAGAAGCCAGUUUCUCGUACGUCGACCGGUGAUGAUUCACUGAAACCGCCGUUAAGUCCGAGAGUGAAAUCGGAGAGCGAGGCGAAAUCAUUCCUUAGGAGGGCGCUGGCCCCAGUCACCAAUUUCUUUAAGACUAAACAGGACAGUUCGGAUAGUACUGAUAAGAAUAUUUCAGAUUUGCCGAAGAGUAGUUCGGAGGAGCCACCCACCAGAAGGUUAAUCAGCAAGAUAGAGUCUGGGGAAAGGGCUUGGUGGUUGGAGGAAACCGACGAUAACAUCAGCAGCAAGGGUAGCAAGCAGAGAAUGAAACUGUUGAGGCAUCAGGAGUCUGGGGAAAGAGCGUGGUGGUUGGAGGAUUCGGCCGAGGUUCCAGAAGGAGUCGAAGUGUUUCCGGCGAAGAGCAUGGGCGAGGAUGGACGAACGGAGGAUGGAAAACUCAUCUACAAGAUACGCAAGAACGAUUCGUGCGAACGCGAUUGGUGGCUGGAUGAAAGCGAGAAAACAGAACCAACACCACCGCAGCAGCAGCAGCAACAACAACAACCACCUCAAGAACCUGAAUUCCUGCAAAAAUACAAAAUCAGGCAUAUAGAUUCCGGGGAGAGAGCUUGGUGGUUGAGCAGCACCGAGAAUUUGGCGGUAGGAAAAGAGGAAGAGAAUCAAUCGAAGAAGCAACAAGAGUCAAACGACUGGUGGCUUCAGAACGACGAUGAUUACGAUCCGGGGAUUCCUCUUGGAGAUAGGGCUAGUCCUGAGGGACUGGAAACGCCCAGGGACGAACCGGACGAGGGGCGUCUGAGCCCCUACGACAACGUUCCCAGCAUCAAAAGGAAGCAAUCGUUGUUCAUCUCGCGACACACGAAUAUCGACGACAUCCUCGGAGGAGGAUCUUCGCAGCUGUUGAGUCCUUUGAUGGACAGGAUAUUCAGUUAUCAAGUGGACGACUGCGAGGUCAUCGAUGCGAACCAGGUGAAGAUCCACGACAGCACGCCGCAAAGGGGAAUCAUCCAACCUACAAGGCUAGACGCAAUAGGAGGAUGUUAUAAAAAGUUGGAUGAUGCGGCUCUGCAGUUGUACAAAGACGGCGACUAUGGAUCGUACCUGGAUCUGGACGCAUCCAUCAGCGAGCAACAAGAGGAAUUCGACGGUUUCCACACAAA